AUGGCUUCCCAAACUCUUUCCAACCUUCCUAUCAUAGAUUUCACCAUGGAAAACUUGAAGCCUGACACAAACUCAUGGCUCUCGGCACGCAGCGAUGUCCGGCGUGCCAUCAAAGAGUACGGCUCUUUCAUAGCUCUAUAUGAUAAGGUUUCUGCAGAGCUUAACAAUGAAGUCUUUAAUAAAUUGAAAGAGUUGUUUGAUCUUCCUACAAAAACUAAGUCCCAGAACUGGUCCGACAAGGUUUACUAUGGAUAUGUUGGCCAACUGGCUCAUCUUCCAAUCCACGAGAGUUUGGCGAUUGCAGAUGCAAACACUCUUGACGGAGUUCAAAGCUUCACAAACCUCAUGUGGCCCUCUGGAAAUGACAACUUCUGUGAAAACAUGCUAAAGUAUGGAAAGAAAGUAGCAGAACAAGAACAACUAGUGAGCAAGAUGGUGGUUGAGAGCUAUGGUUUGGAGAGGUACUACAACUCGCACCUCCAUUCAAUGACUUACUUCCUUCGAACCAUAAAAUACAGAGAACCCGAAAUCGAUGAGACCAAUGCUGGGACUGACAUUCAUACGGAAAAGAGCCUUAUAACAAUACUUCAUCAAAAUCAAGUCCAUGGUUUGCAGAUUCAGGCCAGGAAUGGCAACUGGAUCGACGUUGACUUCACACUGGAAUCCUUUGUGAUCAUUGCCGGCGAUGCUUCCUUGGCAUGGAGCAAUGACAGAAUACACUCACCUAGGCACCAAGUCAUCUUACGGGAGAAGAAAACAAGAUACACAAUAGGUGUGUUUGCAUACAACAUGGGAACAACUGACAUACCACAAGAGAUGGUUGACGAUGAGCAUCCAUUGCAGUUUAGGUCGUUCGACAACAUGGGGCUGCUUCAGUCCUAUUUCGACAACCCGACUUGCCUAACUGGGGAGACUGCAUGGAGCUAUUGUGGCAUCCGUGCUUAA